AUGGGUUUACCUGUCACUUUGCCAGCAUCAUGGUACACUUCAGAUCAGUUUUUGAAAGUCGCACAAGAGAAGAUUUUUGACAAAGGUUGGCAGUUCAUUUCUCCAAUAACCAGAUUCGUCAAAGACCAAGAAGACGGGGAAAAGUAUUGUCAGUUCAACUUACUGGGAAACCCCUUCUUUGUCGUUGACGACAUUGAAGAUGUCUACAAAGUCACAAAGAUUGACGCGUACUACGGCAAGUACGAGGAUUAUCUCACCGGUGCGGAAACUGAAGAGCAACUUCAUCAUGUCUUGCAAACCUUAAAGAAAGUUAACACCCAUGUCACCCCUUCGGGAUUGUUGUUUGCUUCUCAUCAAACCACUCCUCCGGAUUUCAAUGAAUACUAUGGAAACCAACUCGAGCAAUUCAUUGGUGACAAGGACUUUCGGGCAAGACCAAUUCGCCGCAAAUUGGUGUACGAAUGUGACUACGGUUUCAUGACCUUUAUUGAUGGUUACCAAGAAUGCUUGCACUGCACCUACACUCAUCCAGGUCUUGCCAAAGCUUUUGCGAUGGACUUCUACAAAGUCGAAACUUACACAAAUUUCUGUCGUCAUCUGGCAGAAACAACGAACGGAGAUCCUUCGGUAACCGAGCCCGGUCUUUUUCUCUACUUCUUCCCAACCUGUUCUCUGAACUGCUAUGCAGGUGGUAUGGGGAUUUUCAGGUGUUGCCCAUUGACUGGUUCUAAAUGCCGCAUGGAAUUUGACUACUUCUUCGAUGGCUCUGACGAAGACUUUGAAAAAUACUUCAACUUUGCAAGGCAGGUUGCCGUUGAAGAUAUUGAGUUGUGUGAAUCAUGCCAGACCAACUUGGAGUGUGGAAUGUACCAAGUCGGUACAUUGAACCCAGAAAACGAAAGGGGUGUCGUCUACUAUCAGCAGUUGAUAAAGGAUAGAAUUACUGUCGCUUGA